AUGGCGCAUACUCUAUCCACCACCCAUUUGCUCUACUCUACCAAUCUCAAGCUUAAUGAAUGGAACAUACCAAGACUGCCGCAAUUCGAGUCGUUGUGGAACGAAUAUCUCACUGGUUUCGCCCCGAAAGAGUCCGCAGACUUCAAGGACUCCAUCUACCCCGUGAUUUACGUCAUAUCUACAGCUGCGGUUCUGUCGGUGUUUCUGACAGCCAUUUUGCUGAAGAAACAUCAUUUGCGUCUACUUAAACCAACAUGGCUCAUCAAACUGUCAACUCUUGUCGCAACAGGCCAAUUGGUCUCUUUCUACAUCUACGCCUUGAUCCUGCUGGCUCAACAAGCAAGAAUGGGCGAGUCCUCAGCAGAACGGUUCCUAGACACAAUCACAGACUCUCUCGGAUACAAUGUCGUCUACUUCAUCUCGUAUUUGCUUCUUCUGCUCACCCAGGUCGAGGUGAUCCGCAAAAUGUUCUCUCGGAAACGAGAGCAGCAACUGAUCCUCAUUAUCGGAAUAGUGCUCGCUAUUGUGUCGCAGGUCAUUUGGGGAGCGUCCACGCUGGCGUCCAAUAUCGAUAACUCUGACGUCGAGGUCCCUGCGCUUGUGAUCCUGCCGGUGGUGAUGUACCUGCUGCGAAUCUCGCUUUCGGUGCUUUACGACUGUUUGCUCCAGGUCUACGCCUUUUCCAAAAAAGACCUGGUAUUCCAGCCCAGUGUUCUGCCCCUCACGAUCAUCAUGCAGCUCACAGCAAACGCAACAGUCGCCUUCUUCAUCGCCGACCUCGCAAACACAUGGGUCAGCCAGCUGUCGGAAGUGUUCAACAUCACAUGUUCUCUAACAGUCAACGUGAUCAGCUGGGAAUGGCUCAAUAGAAUGUACCGUUUGGAGAAACAAAGACAGAAACAAGGAGUUCUCGGACGCCAGCUGUUCGACGAGACUGGAUCCCGUCCGCGCAAACACUUCAACUUGAAGCCGGACUUUGUCAAGCUGAAGAAGUCUAUGAAAGCCAAAGAGAUUCUCAACCCGCUCGCAUCCAACGACGUUUACGUGUACACGCCCAAACAGCUGGUUGUGCCAUCGGUGUCGAGCCACCAAAGAAGAGACCCGGUGGUGCAUGUUGUUAGACAGCUGUCUCACCACGAGGAAGAAGACUCCUAUUCAGACUCGGGCUCUGAAGAAGAAGCUCUACUACAAAGGGUACAGGCGGAAAACCAAGAGGUAGUGGACUCUGUGCGUCCAGAAUCUGACGAUGAUGAAUGUGACAUGUUCACCAGGUCUGGGCUUUCCGAAAUAGUGGAAAUGAACGGAUGGCCAACGUACGAAUACCGGAUCUUUCUGAAUCCCAACUGGCGCAAGGUAGGUACGAUUUUUGAGCUGGCCUCGGAAACCACACACUUGCGGUCAAAGUUGAACUUGGCUAUUUUCUCCCAAACCAAACGACGAAGAUUUUCGUCGUCCGACUGCGGCUUGAGGUCUUUCUGCAUGGACUCGAGGUCCCAGAUGAACAGCUGCAAGUAUCCCGAUGGCCUGAGUGCGCGCUUGAACUCUGCCAGCGUGGAGACAAAGUUAUCGUCCGUGACAGCCAGCGUGAAGUCUGGACAGCAUAUGCAGGAUUGCGAGGAGUCAGCGAGCGGCAGCUGGUCGCUGGAGACCGUAGUGAACGAGGAGUAG